AUGGCUUCCAUCACAUCGGUCCCUAUAAUCUACCACCCCACUUCCCGAGCGGAGAAAUCCAAGUACAUUCAGUCUCUUCGGAGCCAUCAGGUCAACACGAUUGUCCAGCUGCGUCAUAUUGAAAAGGCCUUUGCCGUGCUCGGAACACCAGACUGCAGCGAACCCAUGACCUCAGCAUGGUCCUACUAUGUUGACUCGCACGGCUUGCUAACUGAGCUCCGGGGCUUAACUCGAAACUAUCCUUUCAGUUCCGACUGCCUUGACGAAGCCAAACGCCGCGUCUACGCCGACCCGGCUAGUAACCGCUCGUGGAACCUGUGCUGGCUUGUUCUGAGUAAGAUACAGACAGACCAACUUAUACCGUACUAUGCGCGCUACCAGGCUUCGCAGCCAGCCAUGUGGGGUGGCCAUGUGCCGACGGCGGAGCAGAUGACGCAGCUUGCGAAUGCGUUUGCGAGUGAGUGGAAUGCAGCGGUUGGGCAGAUGCUGAGGCAUUGGGCGCAGCCGCCGACGAGGUGA